CAAACUAAUUUUUAAGGUUACUAGCUUGGACCAAAGAUUUGUUUAUUUUACUCCAUUCUGAUAAACUAGGCUAUUUUAAAAGAACGAAUAUAAUUUAUUCUUAUGAUUUUAUCGAUGUGAACAUUUAGGAUUAUUAAAAGUUGUUUCUGAAAUUUAAUAAUGUAUUUUUUAUCGAAGCUAGUUGUAUGUAACAGAAUAGGUUGUAUUUAAAAAAUGAUAGGUUAUGAUAAAUUUGUUUUCACUGUAAUUCUUUUAACAAAGAUUUAUGCAUGCGGCUGUGAUGUGAUACCGAAAAUGAAUCAAUGUUCAAGGGAUGAAUGCGCAGAAAUGCAUCAAGGAUUGCUUCCUUAUUCACCAUUAGUUCCAUGUUACACUUUAGGUAUUGAGUUUCUUGUGUGUUCUGAUCCGAUUGAUUUGAAGGGAAACGAAACUGCCAGGGAGGAACUCGGGUACGGUUGCACAAAAUAUGGAGGACAGAAGUAUGAAGAUGUUCAGUUUACUGCUGCGAAUUGCACCGUUCUGUCGGGAAUCGAGUGCUAUGGGGACAGAACUUUCUUAAAAGAAGGAUUUCCAUGCAUCAAGUAUUCUGGCCAUUACUUUCUGACCACCCUCUUGUACUCUGUGCUUCUUGGAUUCCUGGGGAUGGACAGAUUCUGCCUUGGACACACUGGAACAGCUGUGGGCAAACUGCUCACUCUGGGAGGGGUGGGCAUCUGGUGGAUAGUGGACAUAGUCCUUCUAGUCACGGGAAAUCUCACUCCUGAGGAUGGCAGCAAUUGGGUUCCUUAUGCCUGAGCCCCCCCCCUCAGUUGUUCAGUUUUCUUUUUUAAUGUUAUUUCAUCGAGAGCUGAGAAACUUGGAUUAUUUAUUGACCAAGGAAUGGAUUCUUCAUUGGAAGUUGUUGUAAAGACUUAUGUAAUAUAUGUGUCGUUUUAAAAUAUAUUUUAUGUAUAAAAUGAAUAAAUUUGUGUAUAUUGUA